GUGAAAAUUCUGCACAUUUAUUUGCCAAUAGUUUUCGUUUUACGAUUUUAAAAAGAGAUUGGAAUAAAACACCUACAGAUUUAGAAUUAAUAUUUGUAAAGGAUUUAGAAAAUGACAUUAAUUGUGGAAUUGGAAAUACUUUUGGUUUACAAGAAAUGUUAUUGU